AUGCAUCUCUCAGCUCUCACUCUCACAACCAUCCUUGCCCCGUUCGGCCUCGCCACGACCGGCGACUUCGCCACCCAGGACGGCUCGUCCACGCCCACGCCCACGCCCACGCCUGCCCUCAGAGUCCGGAUGGAUGUGCCGGCUGGCGACCACCCGAGCAGCACCGCGCGCGUGACGAUACCAACACCAGCCCCUUACCAGCCCGCCAUAGCCGGUAAAAGGGCCAGUUCCGCCACUGGGCUCAAACAUUUCGACAAGGGCGACGACGAAGAGGAAGAGGAAGAGGAAGAGGAAGAGGAAGAGGAAAGAGAUGGAGAGAACGAGCAAGAGGAGGAGCCCAUCACUACCAGCACAACCCUCAUCAUCAUGGAAACGCCGCCGCCCGCCAACUCCCUCCGGCGCACGGCCGUCCUCACCACCACCACCUUCCCCGCCCCCGCCCCCGGCCCCGGCCCGGAGCAGACCGGUGGCGCCCACCACCACCACCAACCGGCGACCAUAACCGCGGGGCCUCCUCCGCCGCAGCUCCUCCCCCCCCUCCUCGCCCGCGCUCGCGACUGGCGCGCCGACCGCGACAGGGCCAUCUCGCGCGCCCGCAACGACGCCGCCCGCGGCCGGGACAAGGGUCGCGAGAAGGGGCGCCAGGGGGGUCAGGAAGGCCGGUACCAGGCACAGGCGGCCCAGGGCCGUGGCCCAGGGCGUCAGCAACCAGCGGCGGCGGCGGCGGCAGCAGAGGCAGAGGCAAAACCAACGGCGGACGGCGAGGGCGUUGUCGGGAUGGAUGAGGCAGCGGCGGCGGCAGCGGACCUGGCAGGUUCGUCAAAGAUGGGAGUCAAUGCCCGCGACUGGCAGGAGGACCUUGCGUCGGCCAGGGCGCUGGCGAGCUCGGCAAAGUCGUACGCGUCCUCGAUUGCCUCGUCGGCCAGUGAAGCCGCGCCCGGUGCCGCGGCUGACCACCAUGACGGGGACGAGGGUCGUUGUCAGCAGCACGGCUCGUCCACGGUGACCCCGGCGCCGUCGACCGCGGGUUUUUUCAGCACCACCACGACCACAACCACAACCACCCCUACCCGUGGGAAGCCGCAAACGACCGAGACUCCGCCCGCGGUGGUGGUGCAGGUCGGCGGUGCGACAUGUCAGAAGAUGAAGACUGGCGACGCUGCGGCUGCUGCCUUGGCAGUCGCGAGCUCGGUGCUUUUGGUAUGCUUUGGCCAGCCUCUCGCAGUGUGGCGGAGAACCAUGGGGAGAGGGUGA